GGCUGAAGUCGCGUUGUCGCGUCGUCGAUCGUUCACAUGUGAAUGAAUUGCGUGUUUUCCCUCGCUACUUCCGGAGCGUGUGCAAUGAUUGCUUGAUGAAAUUCAGGACAAUCACUGCACAAUCGAUGAUAGCCAAUAAAUACCGGUUCCGUGUAAGGGCUCUAAUACGUUUUCAGGGGAAGAGUCACAGAUGGGUAUGCCUCGUCGAUAAAUCCUGGCUGCAUCUGUCUUAAGCACGGCAAUUGCACAGGAAGACGGUAAAUCAUGGCUUCCACCAAACUUCCGGAGCAGAAAGUGAUUCUCUGUGGUGAAUACGGAGUGGGAAAAAGUUCCUUGUUUCGAAGGUUUGCCACGAAUGUCUUUGUGACAAGUACAGAUCGAAGUUCAACUCUUGGUUUGGACCAUUUUGAGAAAGUCUACAAAGUAGCUGGAAGAGACUUAAAGCUCCAGCUAUGGGAUACUGGAGGCAUGGAGCGUGUGGCUUCCAUCACGUCCAGCUACUACAAGUUUGCUGAGGCAGCCAUCCUUGUCUUCAGCUUCGACAACCCAGACUCCUUCAACAUUCUCUCCCAGCACUUGCUGGAUAUAGUUAGUUAUGCAGAGAAUGCAAAGAUAUUCCUCUGCGGGAACAAGAUCGACCUUGUCAACCAGGUCUAUGUGACAGACUCGGACAUCGACGUUUUCUGUGAGCAGUGUCACAACCUCAUCAGCGGCGUUUAUCGGACAUCUUGCAAGACCGGCCAGGGGAUUGAAGAAAUGUUCACGGAUAUUGCACGUCAGUUGGUACUAUCUUGUCGGGUCAAAGACCUGGACGGGUUGGCAAAAGACUCGUUUAAGGUUACACAACAAGAAGAGCCUCAGGAGUCAUGUAGUUGUUAGACUUGAAGGAGGUCCGUGCGCUUCAUGUGACAUAUAUAUAGUUUCACUGUAAAGCUGUAGGAUGGGAGUAUUGUCUAAAAUAUGUGAAGUCCACUUCUCCACCUUGAGACAGUACAAAAAUUUAAUGCCUCCAGUGUGGAGAAGCCAGCAUCCAAAGGGGUAUGGAGAAUGUCUCUCUCUCAAGUGGAUCAGCCAUUACACAAAACAUCUGUGUUGAACGAACAAGGUGACCAAGCGCGCGAGCUGGCCUUCUCGUGGAUGUCACCACAAAUCAUUCAGUGGCAUAUCCUAAGCAUACCUUUUUGACUGCUUUGCAUAAGAGCCAUCUGGUUGUCACCAUGGCGGCGGGGACUUGAUGACAACACCAAUAGAGGAAGCUGUUUUGUAUUUUGUACACCCCCACUCUGUAGCUGCACUUUGAAUAUAGGCCCUUGUCGCCAUAUUGUGUGUCAUUUAUACUUAGAGCCUUGUGUUUUGGAGUUAAACCCAGUAAAACCUGUUUUUACCUCCAGAUUUGCACCAUCGUGUUAUGGUAAAACCCGAAACCGAAGUUGUCACAGUGCAAUCUCAGCCAUGAAUGCGGGCGCUGAAAAACGCUAGUAGGCAUUCACUAAUGCUGCUUUGCAUCUCAUGUUCAUCUGAAAUGCAAGAAGUGCUCCUGCUUUAUUUUCUUCCCAAAAAUCUGCUUCUACACCCAAUAUUACACAAUUUUACCCUGUUUUACAGAUCCUGAAAUAAAACCUAAGACAGUCGACCCCCGUUUAUCCGGACGGUGCCGUUCCCGGCGAAAUCGUCCGGAUAAAUGAAACGACCGAAUAGAAACGCCCUACAGAGCAAGGUUUAAUUAGAACACAGAAAUCUCGACAAUGACAGCUGUUACAUAGUAGUGUAGGCACUCGAUUCCUGCAAACUUUUGCUAAUUGCACAGAGUUGAGCCACGCUGUUGCGCUGCUCGAAGAAUGUCAUUGCAGACUCAAAGUGUCAAUGUCGGAGCCUUGUUUCUCACUGGCGUCAUAGGCACCGUCUUGCUGCACAUCAUCGGAGGCAACAGCAGCAAUCACACCGUCAUCAGUGAUAGCUGCACACACGUCAUCAUCCUUAUCAACGUCAACGUAGUCAGAAACCGCAGCAUCAUCUACGGCAGUCGCAGAUAACCUCUGCAUCAGGGAUCGCAGCUCAGCUAGGGGAAUGUCUUCAUCGGCCAACGGGCCGCAAGCAGCAGGCCCUCGGGUUGGAGUUUUCCCCUCUAGAACCGGACAGUUGCUCGAGAUAUUUCCAAAUGACUCGACUGGUCAACGUGACCCAACGCACACAAAUAGAAAAGGGGGUCAUCGUGCACGGUUGUUCUCCCCUACGGAGGAAUGUAGGUCCCUGACGUGUGACGGGAAUAACCCCAACACAACGAAAAGGAUGACGAAGCGGGGUCAGCGUCUCCUCUUACUCACGGUAGUCCGGAUAACUGAAGCUGGAUUACAAGAAUUUUCGACUUUCGUUCCCUGGAAUUCUUGUCCGAGUCCAGAAGCUGAAGUGCGGAUAAACGAGAACAAAAUACAUGGAGGAAAAUCCGUUCACGUGCCUUUUGUCCGGAUACCGCGGGAUCCGGAUAAAUGAAGUCCGAAUAAACGGGGGUCGACUGUAUUUAUCCCCGGAGUUUAAAAAAAAACAGGUCUUAUACUUUACAAUUCCCUCAGCUUGAAAUGCCCCUCCAUAUUCGUUUGUAAGAGAAGAUUUAGUUAUGACACUGAUAUGGCAACUAUGUAUACGCUUGCCUAGGUAUGCUCAGCUGUACGGUGAUAUCGCUUGUCUUAGACUUACAGUGACAUGGCUCCAGCAGAGGGUGUUCUAUUAAUGCAGCUUUGUAUAAUGAGGGAAAGACUAUACCAGAUACUUCAAGUGGUGUCAGAUGUCAUACUUUUGUACUGACUGCAGCAAAGGGCAUAAAAAUGGUUGUCUUCUAGCUCAAUAUGACAAUAUUUUAGCUUUUGCUGCAGUUAUUUGAGACCAUUAUUUAUGACACCCUUUUGGUGCCUUGUGUUUCAUUUUUAUUUCAUUGCACAAAGUAAAUAUGUGUUGGGCUGCUGAGCAGUUGUAUAAUGUGGGAUAUGCACAGUCAUGUGAUGUAAAAUAAUUUCCUAUCAAAAUGUGGGACACACUUUGUCUCUGGUACGUCCCGUGAUUCAAAUGAAGGGUAUGUGUUUUAGCCACUUCAAUUAAUCUCUUUCUACAAAAGUCGCAUAAUCAGGUUAGUGCUGCUGCUGUUACUGAUUAAACCUCAGAAAAGCUUGAUAAUGUAGAGUAUUCAAACUAUUUGUUCAAAGUGCUGUGCAUAGACGUCCAAAAUAAAUAUAUUUCCACCUAAGAUGGGGCAAACUUCAGGUGUAGUGCUGAAAUAGUGGCCCUCCAUCAUAGUGUAUGAAAAAGCAUCACCUGUAUGGAGAAAGGACUGCUGAAAUUGAUUUACACACUUACUUAAUACAGAUGUAGUUGCAAUAGUGCCAUGAUUAGGGCAGCUAAGCUGUAUGUUCACACUUCAUUUAGGAUAAUUAUUUGUGUACAUGAUUUAUACAAAGUGCAACGUAAAUCAUUAUAGCGUAAGUGCCAAUAAAUAUUUGCUCGAGGA